ACCUAGCAGAGUCGCUCGCUGGUGCCUCCACAGGACAUCUCCCGAGCGCUGCCCGAGGCUGACCGAGGCGAGGCACCGAGACAGGGACUCCCACCUGGGCACAAGACUGAGUCUUGCCUCCUGACCUGAUCCACCUGGAGAAGUGACCCCCAAGACCCUGGGCACUGUGCAGCCUCUUUCUAUGACUCGGUCUGGAUUUGGUUGGUGGUGGGGACGAGCUCUGAGGGGCUGCUUGGGUCGCGGGGCAGUGGCAACAGACAGCUCUCCAGCCACCAUGGCGAAUGCCGGAAACUGAGGGGACGGGCCCUGCAGCCUCAUUGGGGGCACUCAGGACGCGAUGGAGAACAAAGCCAUGUACCUGCGCGCCACUGUGAGCGAACGCGACUCUGGCUCCAUCUUUGAGGAGCCCUUUGAUGGCAGGAGCCUGUCCAAGCUGAACCUGUGUGAGGAUGGUCCAUGCCACAAAGGACGGGCGGGUGGCUGCUGCACCCAGCUGGGCUCCCUGUCGGCGCUGAAGCAUGCGGUCCUCGGGCUCUACCUGCUAGUCUUCCUGAUGCUCGUGGGCAUCUUCAUCUUAGCAGUGUCCAGGCCCCGGAGCUCCCCGGACGACCUGAAGGCGCUGACUCGGAACGUGAACCGGCUGAACGAGAGCCUCCGGGACUUGCAGCUGCGGCUGCUGCAGGCUCCGCUGCAGGCCGAGCUGAGCGAGCAGGUGUGGAAGGCGCAGGACGCGCUGCAGAACCAGUCGGACUCGCUGCUGGCGCUGGCGGGCGCGGUGCAGCGGCUGGAGGGCACGCUGUGGGGGCUGCAGGCGCAGGCGGCGCAGAGCGAGCAGGCGGUGGCCCUGCUGCGCGACCGCACGGCCCAGCAGAGCGACGCGGCGCAGCUGGAGCUCUACCAGCUGCAGGUGGACAGCAACCGCAGCCAGCUGCUGCUGCGGCGCCACGCCGGCCUGCUGGACGGGCUGGCGCGCCGGGUGGGCGCCCUGGGCGACGAGCUGGCCGACGUGGGCGGCGCCCUGCUUGGCCUCAACCUCAGCCUGUCCUACGACGUGGCCCUGCAGGGCACGCGGCUGCGGGACCUGCAGGUGCUGGUGAGCAACGCCAGCGAGGACGCGCGCCGCAUGCGCCUCGUGCACCGGAGCCUGGAGCUGCAGCUCAAGCAGGAGCUGGCCGUGCUCAACGGCGUCACCGAGGACCUGCGCCUCAAGGACUGGGAGCACUCCAUCGCGCUGCGCAACAUCUCCCUGGCCAAAGGACCACCAGGCCCCAAAGGUGAUCAGGGGGAUGAAGGGAAAGAAGGCAAGCCUGGAAUCCCUGGAUUACCUGGACUUCGAGGUCUGCCAGGGGAGAGAGGAACCCCAGGACUGCCUGGUCCCAAGGGCGACGAAGGGAAACUGGGAGCCACGGGACCAAUGGGCAUGCGUGGGUUCAAAGGUGACCGAGGCCCAAAAGGAGAAAAAGGAGAGAAAGGAGACAGAACAGGGGAUACCACAGGUGGCAUGGAGGCCUUGAUGGUCCGGCUGGUGAACGGCUCGGGCCCACACCAGGGCCGCGUGGAGGUGUACCACGAGCGGCGCUGGGGCACCGUGUGUGAUGACGGCUGGGACAAGAAGGACGGGGACGUGCUGUGCCGCAUGCUGGGCUUCCCCGGCGCCCAGGACGUGCACCGGACCGCUCAGUUUGGACAAGGCACAGGGAGGAUUUGGAUGGAUGAUGUCGCCUGCAAGGGCACCGAGGAAAGCAUCUUCAGCUGCAGCUUCUCCAAAUGGGGGGUGACAAACUGCGGACAUGCUGAGGAUGCUGGAGUGACGUGCAAGACACACUGACAGGGCACAGCCCAAGGUCCGGGCCCAGCUGCCCAGCCUCCUUCCUGCAUUCCUGGGGUGGGGGCAUCGCUCGGGUCUCCCCUGACCACGCCUCUACCCUCCCUGCCCAGCACCCCCAGGCCCCCAGAUUCCCAUCCCAGGACCAUGGUGGCCUGUUGUCAUCCUCCCCGUGGACAUCUGCUCCAAAGCACAACUCUGGGAUCUACUGCCUGUCUCUCCCUUCCACCAGGGUUCCUGCAUGGAGCCCUGGUCAACUGGAUCGCCGUUUGGCCGAGUCUUCUAAACACUGUGCGCCAGGCCUCCGUAUCCAUGUUCUCUGUCGUCUGUGAGUUACAGAUGAGUAUUGGCGACAAAUGCAGGAGUAAAGAUGGGAGGGAGGCAUCACAGGUCGUUUACUCUUCACAUCAUUCCCAAACCUCAGGCCAAGAGUUUUGACCAGCAGGAGACAAUACUGAGUGAUUCAUUCUCCCCUCUUUACUCUGCCUCUGCACAGUGUUUGUUAGUUUGGAGAAGCAACAUAGAGAAGAGGCCAGCUGUAGGAGCAAGAGGGAAAUGCAAGUUUCUUGCAGGAACCAGUCUGGAUUCGGAGAAGGGAGGUGAAAGGAACAUCUAUUGAGCUACUACCAUGUGUGCUACAUAGUAUCUUGGGCGCUAAAUUCAUUUAUCACUUCGCAGCAUUCCUACAAGUCAUGCUGGCUUGGGUACCACACGACCUCCAGGUAGCACUCACCUGACCCGUUCACCUGGCCUAUCAGUCAGAUCCAGAAUGACUGAGACACUUGUUUCUAACUGAACUUUCAUGUGUCUUUGCUAGGCUGGAGCAAGAAGCUUGGGUGCAGGACACGUGUGAUUAGAAGGUUACAUAUUCCAAACCCCACAGGGUGUGAGUUCAAGGUCAGACAUGACUGGCUUCCAGGGCAACCAUCCACAUAGGAGGAAAGCUGAUUUGGAGGGUGACAUGGGGGCUGUCUGGGUCCAACCAAGACCAACCCUCAGUCAUCUGGGAGUCAGCGUUAAAACCACAUCACCUGUGUCUCAGAAAUGUUUGGAGGGGAUAAUAUUGAACCUCCCAGGCCUCUUUGGGUGGUGUCCUGUAGUCAGGAGAACACAUGUCCUGAUGGAGCCGGUAAGAGUGGAAGGAAAUGAGGAUUCCCUACAACCCCUGGGGGAAGAAGAGGCUGUGAGCCUCUGUAAGUCCCUUUCUGCACCCCUUUCCUAGUGAUGGAGAGAUCGUAUUCUGCUUUUGACAUGAGGAGGAGGUCUAACUGGGCCAUAUAUGUGUUCUAGGCUUGGGGAGCUACAUGUGAGUGAGCGCAGACCCACCUCCCUUGAGGGAGUCACAAACUCAGGCCUCGGAUACACAAUCACCUGUCCUAUCUGGUGAGCGUCACUUGCCUGGGGAAAGUGACAACUGCGACCCUCCUGAUGUAAGACCAGCAAAGUUCCUGGCUGACAACUAAACCAAUAUGUGCUAUUGGUUGUUCUUUGCUUACAAUAUGCUUGUUAUGCAUUAAUGUCCUAAUGAUCAGAGACUAUCCUUCUGACUAAUUGCUAUGUUUACAUAACACGCAUGUACUCAUGCAUCUUUUCCCAGAGCCAAUAUAUGUAUGCGUAUAUGAACACAGCAUCCUUUAGUAUAAAUAGCUCAGCACAUGGCAAAGUUUGCAUUAAAAAAAGAAAACACUCAAGGUGGAAAGAUGUCACGUUGAACGAUGUAAAUUCCCAAGUCUGUUCGGGCAAAGAAUCCAGUUAUCUCACCAACAAAGACCUACGUAACUUUCUUACUCGGUCUUUUCAUUCAGGAAAAUACAAGUCUUGUCUUACAUCAAAGAAAAACAAUGCUGAUAAGUGUUUGAACCUUAAAAGUCUACUAGUUUACAUUCCUACUUGAGGACAUGGAAAUAACCAUGGACCUGUAUUUCAGGGAUUAAAGGAAAUUAGGUCAGGCCUAAAAUACAUCAGAGCUUUUGUAAGAAAGAAUUUCAAUAAAGCUAAA